GAGCACACCGCCUCUCGGGCUGCCAGCCUCAGUCGCGCGGGCUGAGCGGCUCUGUGGGAUCAUGGCGGCCGCCGCUUCUACCCAGCCCGUCGCCGACAGGAGACGCUACCGGCGGGGCGGCACGGAAGCGGGCCGGGAGAGGCUGGAGGACGACGGAGUUCGGACCCUCACUUCAGCUGAGCAGGUGGGGCUGGGAGCCGCCCCCUCUUUCCAGGGAGAGGGACUACAACUCCCAGGGUGCACUUCGCGGGCGUGUGGCUUCAGGGGUCCGGUCUGUUUCUCUGCGCGGGCGGAGAGAGAACGAUGCCCGGGUGGCCGCCCUGUAGAUCCAUUGUGUUCAGCACAGUGAGAAUCUCCAGGGUUGUGGGGUGGGGCUUUUUUGAGGUAUAUUAUCUUGUUAGAUUUGGUUUAGCCUCUACUUCUCCAUGUGCCGCCUUAAGUCCAUUUCAGGUAGCCCAUUGCGCAUGGAAGCUGAUGCAUUAAUAUGCUUAAGUCGCUUCUGGAGGCUCGCCUAGUCCUCCUCUCCUAUGUUUUUUGCCAUUUGUCCGCUUCCCAACACACACGAUGGAGUUCCUUGUCUGCACACGUUGGAGAACCGCUUUGCACCUCCUCUUUUGUUGUUUGAAACCUUGUUAGAGAGUAACUGUUUGUGGGGAAACAGGAGAAAAACGUGGGUGUGCUGCUGGUGUUCCUCGCAGUUUGUGAAUUUGGACCCCACUUCAAAACUCGCCCUACCUUUGGGGAAUCUAUAUAUUGGGACAGACGGAGAUUCAGGGUGGUUUUAAUAGUGGUGUUUCCCCAUCCCCUUCAGCCAAACUUCCCCACUUCCAGCUCACACUUAUUUGUAGUUAUAGGCACACAUCCUAUUCAUAUCCAGAUCUUACUGUAUCCCUGCAACUUUCAAGUCUGACUAUUUGUAUGCUAACAGAAGUGGUCUUAGAAAAGUACAUUACUGUACCUAUUUUUUAAAAAACACAAGCAAGGUAACAAUGGUUAUAAAGAGUGCUGGGUUCAAAUGAUAAGGGGUUGCAUCCCACACCAGUUCCCUUUCCACUAGCUGCUGUCUCUCACCACCCUUCUUACCCAGUUCUGUCAUGGACACUUUUAUCAGGUUCCCUAAUCGUGCAGACAGAUCAAGUAAUCACAACUAGAAUCCCUUUGUGGUUCUUUCCUACGUAAGGUCAGAGACUGAAUUGAGAGGUGCACAGUGACAAUGAUGUGCAUGUCUGUGUCCUCCUACACAGUUUGGUGUUCCAGUACUUAAAUUUAGAAAUUCAGUGGUAGCGAAGAACACUGAAUUUCUAAAUUUAAGUACUGUGUAGGAGGACAUUGCUUCCAUAACCUUAAACAAAAAAGUUGUGAGGACUGAUACAUUUGGAACCAGGCAAAGCUUUAACAUCUUUGGAGAUAAAAGGGCUAGAAUGUUAGUGCUUCCCAAGCUUUUCUAUCUAGUUCUUUAACAAUUCAGGCAUAAGUAUUUUGAGGAAAAGAGAAGUGGGUAUUUUAUACAACAUCAAUAUUAUAAGCCUUAGUGAUUAAGCAUUUAUUCCUGCCAGUGCCUAAUUACUGUGAUGCUUAGUAACUUUAUGCCUUUAUAAAACCUGUUUGAAAUUUGCAUGGUAAGCAGUUCCUGACCCGCCUGGCUUCAGGUCUGAUUACGGAGCAUUGUUUGCAAUGUUCAGGGGGAAGGUAGCCUUGGAACUAUGUGACCUUUGAAAAGUCAAUGUCAUACUGUGGAGGAUGAUGCUUCUAAAACAGCAGAUAAUAGGAAGGCAUCAUCCUGAUGUACAUGUUUUGAGUGCUCAUGAACAACAAGAGGUGAAGAGAUAAAAGGCUUGAACUCAUGGAGGAGCAAGGACAUAGGCUUGGAAUUCAGAGGUUGGGGGCAGAAGGGCUGCAAUAAACUCAGGACUCUGAGAAAAGGACUCUUUGGUGAUCAGCAAGUUACAAGGCUCCAUAGGAUAACAGUUCAAAGCAUGCUAGCCCCAGGUCCUCCAUCAUAUAAUAUGGUGUGUGUGUUUUUAAACACUGAACUAAAUGUAAGGCUACAUCUUUCUCAAUAUAUAGUGAAACACUCAGCAGUUUUGUUGUAUGUAUGUUGCUGCUGUGGUAUUUAUUGAGUAACUGUGUUUAAGAAAGGGCAGGCAACAAACAUAGCUGAUUUACCAACAAACAAACAUGGCUACCCCUGUGGAAUCAAUCAAAGGCGUCCUUUCAAUCACAUCACAAUUUUGUUGUGUUAGUAAAACGUGUGGAGCAAUUUACUGAUAUAUUUUAAGCAUUCAAGUCAAAUUACCUGCUGAAAGGUCUCUGUAAUUCAGUGAUUAUAUCUGUGGUUUGUUCUCUGUGGAAGACAUCUUAAUUAUUCACCAGGAGGGGAUAAAGAGGGUUGAGCUUUAGUUAGUAGGGCAUAUCUAUGACAUAUACAAGUUCUUCUCAGUUUCUGGAAUUAAUCAGUGAGAGGAAAGACCUCUACCUGCACUUGGGCUGACUGUUCUUCAAUGCUGGUUGGACAGUCAUCUGACUUUGUCUGAGGUGACCCAUAUUUUUAAGUGGAAAAUGUGAUAGGUAUUGCUAGACCUGCUUCCUAUGGUGAUUGUGUGGUAAGACCUGCAUAUACUUUCCCUCAGAAAUAUAGAUGGCAAAAUGGUAGUAAUCCAGUAGAUUUUUAUGUUCUUAUGUUGUACACCACCUUGUUGCAUAUAUUUUAUGUAGUAUUCAGCUCACAAUAUUCACCAAGCCCACUGGUAGACAGGACAGUUAAAAGUACCGUAUUUUUCGCCCUAUAGGACGCACUUUUUCCCCUCCAAAAAUGAAGGGGAAAUGUGCGUGCGUCCUAUGGGGCGAAUGCAGGCUUUCACUGAAGCCUGGAGAGCGAGAGGGGUCGGUGCGCAGGCUUCAGGAGAGCCCCAGCGCCAGCCCCCACAAGGUCGCCAUCCCGCUGUCUCCCGAAGUGGUUUGGAGGCUGACGGCGGGGAGACCCUGCCGCCAGCCCCGCAUGCUCCGGGGACAGCCGGGAGACGCAGCGCGUCUUCCCGCUGUCCCCGGACCUGGUCUGAAGGCGGACUGCGGGGAGAAGAGCGCUUCUCCCCGCUGCCGGCCCCACAAGCGCCUGGGGGGGAAAUAAUUUUUUUUUUCUUUAUUUCCCCCCCCAAAAAAACUUGAUGCGUCCUAUGGGCCGGUGCGUCCUAUGGGGCGAAAAAUACGGUAUUCCAAAGCUGGAAGUCUCAAACCACUUGUUCUGUUAACUUCAUUAGGCUAAAGCCUGUCAUUCAUAUUUCUGACAUAAUACCACUGGUUUUUUAAUUGUGCAAAAGUUGGAUGGCCAGGUAUGCCCCUUCAUAAGAAUUGAGCUCUUUGGCUCAGGAAGACAGGCUAUAGAACACAGAGAUUUAACAAACUUACUUGUGUAAAAUCAGAGCAUAAAUGGAUAAGUAGUGUUGGAUAGACACAGCUGAGUAGAGCACUAAUAGUUAUGAUUUUCCUUUGGUUUGCUUGGUUGUGUAAAAGAAUUAUGCAGUAAAUCAUUUCCAGUUAAAUCAUGGAAAUGACUAUCCUAGAGUUUAUAGGACUUAAAUUAUCCUUCUACUGGUUUUAAUUAAGUCCUGUUAGUCAUGGAAAUACUUCAUUCUUUGAAGUUCAACUGGCGGGACAAUGAACAAAUUAUGAUUAUUUAUAAAUCUUGCUUAACCGAUAGUGUCUGACCAUCUUUUUCUUGAUGGUCAUGGUUUCUAUAGCUGCAAAGCUGAGCGAAAGGAACUUAUGUAAAGUUACUCAGUUGCUUAGUUCAUUUGACCCCUUCCCUUCCAAAUAGUACUCAAUCCUUGAGAGAAGCUCUGAAAUUGAGGGGAAGCCAACUGCCUUUCCUAAGGUUCUGGAAAGAAAUUUGCUAAAGUCAAAGCAUAUGUGGCUGGCAAAAUAGUUCUAUGUAUUAGAAACUGAAUGCAUUUGAUGUGCUAUACUAGGGUGCAUUCAGAGGAUACAUUUAAGGCACAUGAGUUCCCCCAAACAAUCUGUGAACUGUAGUUAAAAGUGCUGUGAAUUGUAGCUCCAUGAGAGGUAAAUCAGAGUUCUCAGGAUUCUUUGCAGAGAUGUCAUUUGCUUUAAACGUGUUGUGUGGAUGUAGUCUUGGAUUUUGUGGCCUACUUCUGAUUUUAGUUGCACUUGCCGCUUUCCACUGUUAAGACCAAAGCAGCUGAAAUUACAGUCAUCCAGUAAACAUGAUUACUAGUUGGACUUUCUUCCUUGCUGGAGGCCUGAGACAUCCCUGAGGGGUGAUUGCUGCUCAUUAUCUCUCCCUAGAAUCUGACCUUUAAUGGAGAAGGCAGCACUUUUCAAAUCCGAGACAGUGAGAAAACAUUAGAUACCAGGGCAAAAGAGCAGGAAAAUGUCAAUUGAGGCUUUGUGGCCCCAAUUAAGGUGAGCUGUGGAAUAAGGAUGUGAAUGCCAAUGUGGAUUUCUUUGUUCAUGGAGCCAUAGAGUAGGAAUACAGCAUGAGCUGGUCAGAGACCUCACAGAUUGCCCUUUUCUGUUGCUGAGCAUUUAGUGCUGGCUUCAGCUUAGCCUAGCUGCUUUGAUGCUAUAGGCAAAUUAUUAAAACUAAGUGCGUUCAUGCACACACCUUGCACUGAUUCUUCAACUUCUAGUUCCUAGAACCUUUCCUCACCUAUUACACCCAACCUUAUGAUGUGUUGAGCUUCUUCCUCUCUGUCUCACCUCUCUGUCUCCCCUCCGCCUCUCUCAGUGAGCCUGGUUUCUAAUGACUUCCACUCCCCCAUGCAUGCUUCAUAGCAGUUCCCUUUCUUUUGUUGGGAGCUGGAGCAGCAGCCUCUAAACACAACCCUAUGGUUGUGUUUAAAUACCCUGCUGCCAUGCUUCUCUCCUUCUUGCACUUCUUCUCCAUUGUUUGUGUUUCAUUAAAUAAUUCAUUUAUUAUAUUUCUGUGCCUCUUUUCACUCACCCGAAUCACAAAGCAGCCUACAAAUACAGUGGUACCUUGGUUUUCGAACGUCUCUGUUGACGAACAUUUCAGUUUACAAAUGCCAUAAACCUGGAAGUAAAUGCUUCGGUUUUCGAACACACCUCAGAAGUUGAACAUGCCAUGCGGCUUCUGCUGAGUGCAAGCUGUCGGCUGUUGCAUCCUCGGUUUUCGAAUGUUUCAGAACUCGAACAGUCUUCUGGAACAGAUUACGUUAAAAAACUGAGGUACCACUGUAUUAGCAUAGUAAAACAUCCCAAUUACAACAUAAAUCAUACAAAAUAAUUUAACAAAUCAUCAGUAAAACAACCACCUUGCAUGAAACACUAUUAACAAAGCGACUUAAAAAACAGGCUAAACAGCACAACCACAAGAAAAGUUAUAAGAUUCACAAAGCAUUUGCAGCACUCAUAAUCCACAACACAAUGUGAACAUUAACAAACUAACAACCAAAAACAAAACUGAGCACUGUUGAAUUCACACACACUCUUUCUCCAUCCCCAUGACUCAGAUUUCCACUCAGUUCAUCAAAAGAUGCAGUAACUGCGUUCUGAAGGCUUCUAGGCUCCGAGGGUUGGAGGGUGGGGCAAGGCAGGUGGAACAAGUCCUUGCCUUGUCAGCAGAAAGUCCCAUCACCUUUAAGAUGCUCCUUACUGAAAUGGUGGUGUCUCACAAAUAAUAUAUCAAUUCAUAAUGUCACUGUGUUGGCAGACAGUUAUGGCAAAAGCAGCGGGAAAACUAAGCCAGAGCUUAGCUUAAUAUAUAUUAGCAUGGCAGCAGUAAGUUAUUAGCCUGCAAGUUUCUCAUUCCACGGCGAAACGCCCUCCACUCACUGUUGCCAGUUACUCUCUUUCUCCAUACAUAUAUAUUUAUAGAUGGAACAAUGCACUAAAAAUGACUCCAUUCUAUCCAAAUGGAGUGCCUCGCAACAAGAUUUUGCAAGUGUUGUAUCCUCUGCUGCCUAAAUAUAUAUGUGAUCUAAUCUAAUGUUUCCUAUCAUACCAACUAUUGAUUUUGCUCCCAUGCAUUCUGUUUGAUGGUUCAUUUCACUGAGGAGAUGGAUGGAGGGCUUCAUUGUGUGUCUUGAUUCUAGCUAUGUGCUCUUACGGGUGCUAAAACCCUCAGUGAUUCUUGGAAAGUGCUUGUCGUCAACUCUCCCCCGCCCCACCCCAAGGAUCAGCCUGGGUUGUGCAUAUUGUACAGUGCUACAUGGGUGGGAUGUCCUGGGGGCAGAAGAGCCUUUUUGAUUGUGUGCUGCAUCACUGAACCACAGGCACAUAGGAAGUUACCUUAGACCAGGUCAAACCACUGACCCAUCUAUCUCAGUGCUGCCUAACUUAAUUUUGGACUAGAGUCUUUUUCCCGGUCAUACCUGGAAAUGCCCGGGAUUGAACAUGGGACAUUCUGCCUUUCAUCUGUGACCUUUCCUCACGGGCAGCAGUUGUGUAGAUGUGAUAUACUAAAGGAGCUGUAGCUUGUUAUUUGUUACCAUCCACUUUUUUUACGAGCCUCUGUGUUGUUUUUUUAAAACUGGAGCAGCAGCAGCCCUCUUGAACUCUGACACCCUUUUAACAAUUACUCACAGCUGCCGUAGACACUUUUCUUCUUGGCAUGCCUUGCCAUAUUGCUCCAUUUGUGCUGUGAUGGUUCUUUCUUAAUAGUUCUGUCUUCUGAGUGCAGAGGGGUUCUUGCAUUCUGAUUUUUACCUGUCGUGUUUUUAUGUUUAAGAAAAUAUUUUGCUUUCCUGUUACGUAUGCUGCAUUAAAUGUGUCCAUCUCUAAUGUUUUAUUUUGAUAUUUUGUAAUGUUUUGUCUUACCUGUUAAUUUACAUAGUAAAUUGCUUUGGGACCUUUGAAAAAAGUGGUGUAGAAAUUAUUUUAAUAAUAAUCCUAAUAAUAAAUGCUAGCAUAUAGUGUUCUCUGCAUCCUCCCCACCCAUAGUUAUUGUACCUCUUCUUUGUCCCUUUAACUUGUUGCAGACAAAAGUAGAAGAUAUAGUCCAAGAGGUCUUUGAUGCUUAUAAGACAAAUCACCAUGACACGCAGUAAGUUAUUGUAUCCAUGCAAUCUUUCCUCCACAUGCUCGGUAUUCUUGUUUGACUGCUGAUUUAUAUACCCCAUCCCACAUUGCUCAGGAGGGCCCUCAACUUUCUGGAGAGGCUUUUGGGGAAUGGGGUAUGUGUGUAGGUAGCUGCAAUAGUGAGGAAGUACUGGGUGACUUUCCUGUGAACUGCCUUCCUUUCUCUUAGGAUUCAAGCAAUGCCUUUAUAUAGAGUUGUGGUAUACUCAUAUUUACAAUACUUUAGAUGGUUCUGGUCUUUCCAUCGCAAAAUGGAUAGUGCUGAGCUGGCCCCCAUGCCUGCUGGUUAGCAUUGGAAGGAAAGCCUCGACUGGCACAAAUGGGAGCUUUUCUUCCAAUACACACAGCUAGGGUUGCCAUAUUUCAAAAUCCAGACAGAAGAGUUGUUGAGCUUUUUUUUAGUUUUGCCCAAAGUUGAGCUUUUUUUGGCAUAUGACAAAAAAGUUUUCCAGACAUAUGGCAACCCUACCCACAGCAGAUGCAGGAGUCUGAUCCCCUUGCCAGGGGCCCGGUCCAAAUUGGCUCCGUGCUCCUGCUGUUUACCUAAUAAAAAGUAAAUAAAAACCAUACAAUUGCUGUUGUGUGAAUGAUGUCACUUCUAGUUUGGCCUUUAAUUUUGAAAAAGAUGUCUCAGGAGGGACAUGAUCACAGGUUUAUAAAAUUAUGAACAGCGGCUUCCUCUCUCUUCUCAUCUUUGCUUAAAUGUCUUGCGUGUUCUCCCUGAUCCUCCCUGCUCCCAUCUUUAUCAGCUCCUCCUGGGGGCCUUUGCUCUACAGGUAUCAUUCUUCUAGGAAUAACUUAAGAAUACUUCCUCUGUCAAUCCCAUCUGCACUGUUUCCCUCCUGUCUCUCUCUGCACUAUUACCAUAUGGACUUCAGAUGAGAUGCCCACUAUCCUGGAUGGUUUUAAAGGAGGGUUAAACAAACACACAUGGCUGUAGAGCACUUACGUGGCUUUAUGACUCUUUGAUCAUUUGUAUAUCUUUUGGUCUAUCCUUCAGGUUUGUUUUGCAGCGAGAGAAACACUUCCACUACCUGAAGAGAGGGCUGAGACAACUGACAGAUGCCUAUGAGGUAAUCCCUUCUGGCUGAAGGAGUUUGUACUGUUUCCUUCCUACUUAUAUUUUGUUAGUGGAAAAAUAUUUGAUGGUGGGUUAACAUGAUUAUGGCUCAUUAUCCUCCUUGCUUUUUCUACAGCUGAGGUUUCUUUAACUUUUCUCUGGAAUCUGAGGUAUCAAGGGACUUCUUUUUCCUGUCUCACUGAGGGGCACUUUUGUAGGCCAUAGAAACACUGGCUGUGUUCCCGUUGACCUUGCUAAAUCCAUUUUCCAGGAGCCACUUCAGUUGUAGUGCUGGCUCCUCUGGGGUUGAAAGCUAAAUAUUUGUUACCCAUGUCUUUUGCUCUGUCCAUUUGGUGAUAAAUGAAAAGAGGUUCUCACGUUAGCUUGGGAUUGUGCGACUAAUGAAGCUAUUCUUAAAGAGGUAUGUAAAUUCCCGUCAUAAAUUGGUGUCCUUUAUCCUUCUAAACCUCUUACUUUCCAGUUCUGAUUCGCCUUCUUUGCCCUCCUUUUGUUGGGGUGUAACAAAUGCAGCUGUGUCAGUCAUGGAUUUUAACAGCUGUCGUUUUCUCUUCCAAGUGUCUAGAUGCCAGCCGCCCAUGGUUGUGCUACUGGAUCUUGCACAGCCUUGAACUGCUUGAGGAACCCAUCCCGGAAUCUGUAACUUCAGAGUAAGAUUUGUUUUAUAUUUCACUUCCGUUCCUGCAAACACUUUGCCAUUUAUUCUGAGCAUUGUCAUUACAUAACUGCUGGGAGCGUUGUUGAGAAGCUCAAAAAUUAUGCAGGCGGCUUCUGUUGAUGUCUCAGAAACCAAAGAUGAUCUUUGGGAAGAGCUUUGAAUUAUGGGUUUUCAGAGUUUCUCUUUUGUUAGCAAGCUAUUUAGUAAAGUUGCCUAUCUAGACAUUUGGAGGUAAAUUCAGAACUCAAAAUUUAGAGAAAUAAGGACUAAGUAUAACCUGAAAAAACUUUCUGCUCAACUUUCUGAUUUACAAAUUAUAGGAGAAAUUAACUUCCAGAAGUUUUCCUUAUCUUUGCACAGUGUGUGCCUCUCUGGGCUAACCUCCCAAUGUCCCUGCAUGAUGCAUAAGAGCAUUUUUUUGAAAUACAACAGUGCAUUGUCUUUGCUCCAACAAUGACCUCUCAAUAGCUUUUUCCUCGAGUAGAAGCUUUUGGUGCAUCUUGUGAUCAGCAAAGAUGGUGGCGGUAAGAGAUCAGCUUCAGCCACUAGGAGAAAAAAACCCAUUCCCUGCAGGGUUUGAAAAUCUGUGUCUGCAAAAGAGUGGUGGUGGUCAGCAGAGAGAAGGUUUUUUUGCAUUUGAAAGAAGUAUUGGUUGCAAAUUGCUUUUCAAAGAAGAGAAGUUUUGCAAUUUGUAAGGAGAAAGAGGGAAAAUUAGUAAGCUUGAGUUGCUUUCUGCAGCCAAGGUCUGAUGUGUAUAAUGAAUGGAAAAGCAGGAUUCUUACUGGAUUGUAGUGGAGACAGUCAUUUUCACCCAGGAGGAGUUGGGUUGAGAAGAAUUUGAGUUGCACAAUUUUGGGAAAUGUUGAGAAAACCUUGUUUUGUGGGGGGCGGGAUUGGAAUGAAUUUUGGGGGGGAAAUUGUAAUAUUUUAAAUACUUUUUAGCACCCUUUACAGAUUUAAAGCCACUUUGUUACUUUAGGAACAUAAAAUGUGUUAUGUAUAACUUGGUUAUACAUUAAAUUAUCCUUAGUUCAGAUCCGUAUCCGGGAGCUACUGUUGCCUCGAAAUAUAACCAUUACAGAAAGGAGUUUCGUUCCUUUAAUCAGCAUGUCCAGAAGGCACUCUGGAUGCUGUUUUGCAGUGUUGUUGCCACCUACAACAAGAUUUGUUGUAGAUGAGUAGAUUUGCACUUUCUGUGGCCUGCCCCCCUUGGUCUGGGGCUGGAUGUGUUGCAUUUCAAUGUGUGACUACUGCAAUUGCAUUGCAAAAAUUUCCAUAUACACAUAUAUUGUGUGUACGUUGAUCUUAAAUUAAAGACUUAUUGUGGGGGGUGUUGUUCUCAGUGUUAUUUGCUUCUUAAUAAGUAAAAUGUAAAUUACAGUAUGUCAUUAAACAAUGCCCCCAAAUCAAUAUUUUAAGGGUGGGGAGAGACAAACCCUUCUUUGAUCGCACAGACCUUCCAUGUAGGCAGCUUCUGUCCCAAAAUAGAUCGGGGGAGAGCCUGGGAAAGGGCGCCUGUAACAGACCUUUGUGUAUAUUGGGAUUAAAACAAUAACAAACAAUGGAAUAGCAUGGCAAAAGCGGAGGAGAAUGCUUUUUCUGCUGUUGAGAUUCAGCUAGAUGGCUCUGGUGAGAGAGAACCUUCCAUAGAGUCCAAGGGGUCCUUCGUUCGAGUGCAAGGCCUUCCUCGCUUUCUGCUGAUAUUUUCCUCUCCCGCUGCAGUUCUCCUGUACCUCAUCCCACUUGUGAUUAUUGGGAGCAACUUCUGGUGUGUUGGGGGAUGUAUGUGGACACGGCUGCCAAGGGAAGUGCGAGAGCCUCAUUAUUUGACUGGAGUCCAGCUUCUCCAGAUCCAACCCAAUUCAUUUAGUGUCCGAGUUGUACAUUUGCUUCAAUUUCCCCCUUCCUUCUGCGCAAUGUGGCAAUGGACUGUAGUGCCACUGGCGCGGUCAAACACUGCUGCUAGUAUAAGAGGUGCAGUCCUUAUUUCUUAGCCCGGGAAGGCCCUGUGCUGCUUGUUUUGUGUUGAAAUGCUUCUUACUUAUAAAAACUAAGCUUGUCCUUGGUCUUUCCUCUGUGCCUAGUGUGUGCCAGUUCCUGAGCCGCUGUCAGAGCCCCAGCGGAGGCUUUGGAGGGGGACCAAACCAGUACCCACAUCUUGCUCCAACGUACGCAGCCGUCAAUGCUCUCUGCAUUAUUGGGACUGAAGAGGCAUACAGUGUUAUCAACAGGUAAAAUCGUAGGAGGGACCCCCUCCCCUCUGCUCAGAUCCAAGAUGUUAGGUGAAGCCUGAAGCAUUCUUGACCAACGUCUGCCAGCACAGUCCCCCUCUUCAGCCUUCCUACUUGCUGAAGAAGAAAGGUUAGCUGGUAAGCUGGACUGGUGGCCCUUUUCCAACACAGCCUUUGCCACAAUGUGCUGCUUGGUGUCUACAUCCACCACACUGCCUCCCGUCCACUUGUUGGUAGCUUCCUUUGCUUUGAAUCAAGGAGAGCAAAGCUCUUCCUGGCGCUCAGGCCUUUCUUGCACUCUGUCAGGGAACUGCCAUCAGUGUCCGAGGGAGAGAGCAAGCUCCAAAGGGAUCCCGGAGAGCGUCCCGGGAGUGGGAGAGGCAGCCCGUCUUCUGGGGAAGAGAAUCAGCGUAGCUCCAGUGGAGAAGGGGGGCAGAUGGGGGAAUCGGCGAGGCGGUCCCAUGACUCCUUGCCGGGGACCAGCGGGGAGAGGAAGGGUCCUCCGCUGCCUACGCCCUCCUUGCGCAGAAGGCUUCCGCGCAGGGAGAGUAGGAGGAGACUUGGCGUCAAAGAGCUUCUUUGCUGGAAGAAGUUUAAGAAACGCCCACUGACGGAUUCUGCCAGGGAUUGAGACAGUCACGGGCGAGUGGCUGCCUGGACAGAAAAGGUUCACUCAGGCAACCCAGCCAGAGGUUGGGACAAGCUUACGCACGAGCAACCCCUAGAACCAUUGCACACUCCAGGGCUAGAGAAGGGUUAGCUCCAUAUUUAGAAAAAAUAAAUCGAGGCGGUUAGUCCAGGUUCAUGUUUUUAACCAGGGUUCUGCGGAACCUUUGGAGUCCACUUUCAUCGCUAGGCAUUCCAACGUACACCUCAGGCACAUCACUUUCCCAUCCUGCACCAGCCAGGCGUCCCCACUCAAAGAGUGAGAGUGACCACAAGUCACACGCAGCCUGAUCUAGUCCCAUAGUGCAUCAUGUGACACCAGUGGUGAAAUGGUCAAAAUCAGUCUCUCUCUGGGAGCUGUGGGUCCAAACAUGGAGGUUGUGUGAGAUGAUGUAUUUCUUUUAUUUAGGCUUGUACAGCAGGGCAAUGGAAUAGCAGGUUUUACCUUAACAUGAAAACACCGUGGUGGGGACAAAGUCAGAAGAGGUUGUGGAACCUGCUUUUUCGGAGGGAAAGUUGGUGGGGGGCUCUUAUUGGUAGGGAGAGGGGGCUGGGUUGCCAUAGGAUAUCAUGACAUGUUGGAGGGGUUCCUCAGCCAGCAAAGCCCUGAAAACCCCUGGCCUAGAUGAUCCUGAAGCGUAUUUUCAUUCAUGUGGGUUGGCUCUUCCAGCAUCUCAGUUGUUUUCCCCCUCUUAAUAGGGAUAAAUGUUCUCUAUUGUUUUUUCAGAGAGAAGCUUCUGGACUAUUUGUAUUCCCUGAAGCAGCCUGAUGGCUCCUUCAUCAUGCACAUAGGGGGAGAGGUGGAUGUCAGGUGUGUUGGAAAUGUUUCAAGUAUUUCUUUCAUGUGAUGCUCAGCAGCAGCUUUGGGUUCUGAUGAAAUUUUUGUAGCAAUGGUGUUCGUAGAGAGUUUUGUCUUAGCACAGCAAGCAUUAAUCCUGUUUUGUAAUAGUGUAGCUAAACUUCAGUGGAGGAAUAAGAUGCUGGCUUCUAAUGUUAGGAAGAUUAUGGGAGCCAUUAUUUGCUUCUUUCAGCUGUAAGUGAUGUUAAAUAUUCCUGGCUUGUCCCUCUAGGGGGCAGGAAAAGGCAGUCCUUGGCUGCAGUUCAAGAGAAGUGCUUGCAUGUGGAAAGAAUGGCAGACAUGGCCAGUUAGUUUUGGUGCAGCAGAUUCUAAAGCUGAAGAAGAAAAUCUUUUUCAACUUGUACAGUGGCUUGCUGUUACAAACCAUUUUAAAUGAAGCUCUGGCUCUUCUUUCAGGGAAGAAUGUAACCUUUAUUUUUCUUCCCCUGGGAUUUCAAUGAAUAAUGUUGUGAGCAAGGCUUUUUCUGUCUUAAUUAACAAUAUUGAAAUCCGCUCAGUAUCUUUCCAUGGCUACUAAUAUAAAUCUAGGAUACCAGUCCCUUGGUACAUCAAGGAAGGAAAGAAGAGAGUUUGGAUUUGAUAUCCCGCCUUUCACUCCCUUUAAGGAGUCUCAAAGCGGCUAACAAUCUCCUUUUCCCUUCCUCCCCCACAACAAACACACUGUGAGGUGAGUGGGGCUAAGACACUUCAAAGAAGUGUGACUGGCCCAAGGUCACCCAGCAGCUGCAUGUGGAGGAGCGGAGAUGCGAACCCAGUUCCCCAGAUUACGAGACUACCGCUCUUAACCACUACACCAUACUGGCUCUGAAAUGGAUGCACUGGGGUAAACUCUUCUGAAUUUAGCUCCUGGUGUACCUUCCAUUCUAAUAGCCUCAUCCAGAGUAAUUUUAUUUUAAAACAAACAAAACAUGGUCUCUCUCUCCCUCUUUCUCUCCCUCCCUCUCCUCCCACCCUCACCAACAAGUUGAUUGAGUACAUUGAGCAAAUGCCUUCUCAGGGUUGCUCAGAUAUUAAAACCAAGUCUUGAGUAUACAAUGACUUAACUUCCAAGUACUCUCUUUGUGACAUUUCCACGGUCAUGGCUGGGUGGAUUAUGCAGUUUAAUAUGACUGGUGUCUCCCUGACAGCAGUAGCUCAGCUUGCAUCAUUCUUAUCCAUGUGUAGAAGUUAAAUAGUCUCAUAUUUAAAUCUCAGGAGUGCGUAUUGUGCUGCAUCAGUGGCCUCGCUUACCAACAUCAUCACACCAACUCUCUUUGAAGGGACAGCGGACUGGAUAGCAAGGUAGGAAAACACUUAGCUCUUGUUUGGCCUUGGACACCCAGUGCUUCUUUGGUUGCCAAGUUUGAGUGUACAGUGGUGCCCCGCAAGACGAAUGCCUCGCAAGACGGAAAACCUGCUAGACGAAAGGGUUUUCCGUUUUGGAGGUGCUUCGCAAAAUGAAUUUCCUAUGGGCUUGCUUCGCAAGACGAAAAUGUCUUGCGAGUUCCUGUGGGUUUUUUUUCCUUCCCCCCCUUUUUCCCAAGCCGCUAAGCUGCUUAUCAGCUGAUCUGCUAAGCCGCUUAACAGCUGAUCGCUAAGCCUCUUAUCAGCUGAUCCGCUAAGCCGCUUAACAGCUGAUCCAUUAAGCCACAAAGCCGCUUAUCAGCUGAUCCGCUAAGCCGCUAAGCCGCUUAUCAGCUGAUCCGCUAAGCCGCUAAUAGCGAUAAUCCGCUAAACCGCUAAUGGGCUUGCUUCGCAAGACGAAAAAACCGCAAGACGAAGAGACUCGUGGAACGGAUUCUUUUCGUCUUGCGAGGCACCACUGUAGUUACCUACCCAGCAGCAGGAGUCUAGAGAAUGAGCAGGAAGAUAAUUGUUGUAUUGUGGACAAGAAAACAUAUCCUGUGUUUUUUUCCUCCUGUUUUUGUGUUUUGCUUUUGAAUUAGAUGUCAGAACUGGGAGGGUGGGAUCGGUGGCGUCCCUGGCAUGGAGGCCCACGGAGGGUACACUUUCUGUGGACUGGCAGCGCUGGUCAUUCUGAAAAGUGAGCACGUCUUGAAUCUGAAAAGCUUAUUGGUAAGUAACCAUUUGCCAGCCUGGUUCUAAUUCUCUCUGUGCUGCUGUUUCAACAUUCACUAUGGCUCAGAUCCAGAGCUCCCAUGAGCACACCACUGUUCAUGGGCGGAGAAGUGAAUUUUAGCAUUCCCCGUAAAGCUGCUUCAGAGCGUCAGGGGACCAUGCAGAGCAGAACUGCGGGCGGCACAGAGUAAUCAGUGAAAAUCCCUUGCCUCUUCUUCUGCAAAUGAAGGAACCCGUUUCCUUUGUGGAAGAGGCACUCUAGAUGGAGCCUUAUCAGUGCAGAAGGCACUGUCAUAGCCAUCACAAUGCCAAAACAUAAAAUCCCACUGGAUUUCAGUAUCUAGGAUUGGGAUUCCCCCUUUGCCCUGCCCCUUCCAUUCUUAUGCUCUCCCUAAAAGUGUCUGUCUGUACAUUCACAGCACAUAUUCAUAAUUAUUCCCUUGAGCUCUGCAUUAAUUGAUUAAAAGGAAACAUGUACCAUUUCUAACAUUAUUUCAUAAUAUCGUGAAACCCCAUUUUGUCUGUAACUGUCUUUAAAUACGGUCAUCCCCCACUGAUGCGUGAUUAGCUUGCAUGUAACCAUGCAUACGUGCAGCACCGGGAAAUAAAGAAAUAAUUUGAUUCAAACCUGAAAUGGCAGGAUCUCAGGGCCAUUCAUACGAUAGAAACAUGAUCUCUUGAUGUUCACCAACGUGCAGUAAUUUCUCAUUUCUAGUUUUAUUGGUUUGCUUGGUUGCUUGUUUUCUCAUUUAGUUUAAUUAUCAAAAACCCCUUCAUAUUUUCCGUGGCAACCUGGGCAUGUUAGGUUUUGCUGCAGGAAACACAUGAAGCAUGAAGGGGACGGGGGGACGGGUGUGUGCCCUCCGACUGUGCUAGGGGACUGCAGUUGCCUGUGGCUCCCUCCAUUGGUAUAUCCGCUGGGUGUAGCAGGUCCUGUGGCUGCACUGAGCAAUAGUGAUGUUUGCUUUUUCUCCCUGCUAGCACUGGGUUACAAGCCGCCAGAUGCGUUUUGAAGGAGGGUUUCAGGGCCGUUGUAACAAGCUGGUAGAUGGCUGCUACUCAUUCUGGCAGGCUGGCUUGCUGCCUCUCUUACAUCGAGCCCUGCAUGCCAAAGGUGAGUCUGAGCACUGCAAGCUGGUCCACCAUUCCCCAGGUAUGCUGCCCCUCUCACUUGCUUCCUCUCACCCCCAAACUGUUAGAUGUGGAGUGUUUCGUUUGAGGAGCCUAGCAUGAGCAAAAGACACAAUAUGUGCUUCACUGCAGCAUUUGUAUUCUCUGUCCUUGUGGAAACUAAAAAAAACCAACAACCUCCCUUUCAAUGUUACAGUAGAACCGGCAUCAACAUGUCAUAGGAUUGAAAAUAACAAAGCUGUUGGGGGACCCAUGAAAAAUGUCAUUGUAUCAAAGAGUGCCAGUGCCAUUCUUCCUCAGUACUUGCCCUCCACCCCCCCCCAAAUGUCCCUCAUUCACCUGCUUUUUCCAUGUUUACCUCCCCGCACCUUCACAGCCAAACUUUCCAACUCCCCUUCACUUAACUACUGUCCUUGCAGAGAUUUUGCGAAGCUGAUGGUGUUUCCUGCUUGGCAGGGGGUUGGACUCGAUGGCCCUUGUGGUCUCUUCCAACUCUAUGAUUCUAUGAUUCUAUGAUGGGCAGCUGAUGUGACAGUUGCACUCUGAGAGGAAAAAGGGACCCAAGCAAUAACUGCACUUUAAUGCACAACCGUCACCCUAAACUGGGGUGGGGUUUUGGGGGGAGGGGGGUUCCUGGGAGGGUGAUUUAUGAGCAAAAGGGGUGGAUGCCCUCCUUUCUUGCCUCUCUCUCCACUAGAUGCAAGAGGGCAAUGUAAUAGGUGAAAUUUAAAAAUAUAUAUAUUAUAAUGCACAAUUGCUCCACAAAACUCUCUGCUUACAGAUGUAUCAGGGUAUACCGUAGUUUUUGCUCUAUAAGACUCACUUUUUCCCUCCUAAAAAGUAAGGGGAAAUGUGUGUGCGUCUUAUGGAGCGAAUGCAGACUGCAUAGCUAUCCCAGAAGUCAGAACAGCAAGAGGGAUUGCUGCUUUCACUGCACAGCGAUCCUUCUUGCUGUUCUGGCUUCUGAGAUUCAGAAUAUUUUUUUUCUUGUUUUCCUCCUCCAAAAACUAGGUGCGUCUUGUGGUCUGGUGCAUCUUAUAGAGCGAAAAAUACGGUAAUUUAAUUUUAAAAGGACCUACUCAUCUAUGGAAAAAUUGGGUUGUGGUUAGUUACUAAGCAGUAUAUUCAUGGCAUCCAUAUGUACAAGGAAAUCUCCAACACUUUCCUCACUUAUUGAACGUACGGUGCUAGCUUGAUGCUCUGUGAUUUUAAAACUUCCCGAAAUCUCUGGAUGUGGCCAGUGUCAGAGGACCAGUCUGAAGUGAUGUGGGGCAUGAUAGUUUGUUUAUAAGCAAAUCUGUGCAGGGUUACCGGUUCCUUUGGCAUACCAGCCCAGCAUGUACCUAAAUAUCCUUGUUGCGCUAUCACUGUAGGAGCUGGCAACAGUUUAAAAGUGACAAUAGCAGGGAGCAGGGGUUAUGUUGCUUUUAAAAGAAAAAUGAAAGCACACUCUGCAACCUUCUUCUGUUGGACCUCAGAGCUGGAAUACUAGCCAGAUGAACAAUUUUGCACGAUGUAGGAGACAGUUUCAACACGCAGAGAGGAGAGUUCUAUUCGCAGGAUGCAAUGAAUUUCUAUUAUUAGGUUAACUGCCUCAGAUGAACUCUGCCAGCACAUGCUCCUUGCGUGCUUCCCUUCCACCUUUCCUUGUUGCAUCCCCUCCACAAGCUGCUGCUUGUUAUCUGCUUGCUGUCCUUGCUUUCUCUCAUUAGAUUAAGGAACAAGGAAAUGACUGCCCGAUAGCGAAAAUGGAAGGCUUCUGUGUGGACAAGGCCCAAAAGUGGGUGGCCAUAGCUCCGCCCUUGCGAAGCGGAAGAAGGAAGGGAGUGCAGUCUUCCAUUUGGUGUCUUCCUGUUGGCCUGCUCUUUCUCCAGUGGAAGUGUUAGCCUCUUACUGGGGUUUUUGUUCCUUUUAGGUGACUCUGCCCUCAGUAUGACACACUGGAUGUUUGACCAGGAAGCGCUUCAAGAGUACAUCCUACUAUGCUGCCAGUGCCCUGCCGGGGGCCUCUUGGACAAGCCGGGCAAGUGAGUGUUGGUCACCCCAACUGAGAAAAUUUCAACUUGUGACUCAGCAUACAGCAGGAAUACUCAUGACUGGGAUUAAAUUUACAAGCGGUUUUUUAAACAACAGAAGUACAGGGGUACCUUGGUUCCCGAACUCAAUCCGUUCUGGAAGUCCUUUCGACUUCCAAAACGUUCACAAACCAAGGCGCGGCUUCUGAUUGGCUGAUUGGCCCCGGAAACAAUGCCGACAGCUGAAACGGACGUUCGGCUUCCAAAAAAGUUCGCAAGCCGGAACACUUACUUCCAGGUUUGCGGCGUUUGGGAGCCGAUUUGUUCGGGAAUCAAGGUACCACUGUACUAUAAGGUGAAAGAAUAUCACAAAGAAGACGACUAUGGGAAACUAAUCUGGCACCCAACUUGGGGCUUUGCGUACCCUGCACUGAAACAAAUGGAGAUUUUGUCCCAGAGGGUGGCUAUGUGGAACAGUUGGGCUUCCAGUUUCUCACUCACCUCAACCUUGUGUAUGUUUCUACUGCCAGGUUCCGGGAUUUUUACCAUACCUGCUAUUGCCUCAGUGGGCUGUCGAUAGCACAGCAUUUUGGCAGCGGGGACCUUCUCCAUGAAGUAGUGCUAGGAGUGCCAGAGAACCGCCUGGUAAGCUAUGCCAGGAUGUGGCUGCGUGUGUGUGUGUGUUUUGUGUGUGUCUUAGGAAUGAACCCAAGUAAAAGUAACACAGACAAGGAAGGUGCCGCUCCGAUCCAUCCCAAGUCUGUUCUAUCACAUUUCCCAUAUUUCAUCAAUAUUUUUUUAAGGAAAUCUAAUGAAAAUUGCAUUUAUCUACGUGUUUAAAUAUGGAAAUUGUCAGAAAAUUUGUUAUUUCUGACCAUAUUUUCUCUCAAAAUGUACACCUUUGAACAAUUUUCUCCUAAAACACCAAUGCUUUUAUAUUGGUAUUUAAGCAGAGACGUGCAUAACAAAGCUGGGAGAACUGCAGAAUCCAAAGGAUAACUAUGUUCUGAUCUGCAUCUUAGUCCAAGUGGUGCAGAACAAGUUAGUUCAUAACAGAAUUUCCAAUCACAUACUUUUGAAUAGGUAGAAAGUAAGCUAGUGCUUUUGAGGAUGCCAUUCGGCUGCAAGUAAAUCCUGUCUGCAACUCAUAAUCCUGGAGACACUAGUGAAAGUUCAGUAUGUGUGUUACAGCGGUGAAUUGAUUUCAUUCACUUUUUUUGCCAUCUCACUGGGCACUGGUAAUGGCAGCCUUCACUGGUGCCAUACCCUGGCAUGAAGGCUGAUUUCAGACACUCUGGCUAGUGAGAUAGGGCAGGGACUCUGAAUCCCCUCCCUUCCCUUCCCUUCCCUUCCCUUCCCUUCCCUUCCCUUCCCUUCCCACAGCCAUGUUAAAAAGGUCUUCAGACAGGGCUGCCCCUGCUACUGAGGAAGGCAGGUGGUGACAUUCCACAGCCAACAGGCCUCAAGAUCCUGUUGCCUCGGCAUCUUCAUAGGCCUGCCUCUUAAAGAUUAGGGUAGAAACAUCUCAAAUUUGGUGUGUGGUAGUUUUGGGUUUCCUUUAUAUUUUAACUCUUCACAUCAGGAAAGUGUGCCAGAUAUUUGGCAUAAACCUUCCCUCUCUGUGACAGCCCCUGCUCCAUAUCCAAAGGCAGAAAAGGAUACCACACAGUGGUUAGACUGUGAACCACCCUGAGACCUCCAGCUAUAGGGCAGUAUAUAAAUUCAAUAAAUCAUCAUCAUCAUCAUCAGAUGGGACCAGAAAUGGUGUUUACAGUGUGUGUGUGCGUGGUGGAUCUGAGUAGCGAACUUGCCACACCAAAUAGUUGUUUGUUGUUGCAAGUUGCAUGGUGGCUAUGGAUGCUUAAUUUCACAGCGUUUGAGAUAACAGGGCUUGACAGGUUAGGAGGAAGGAGUGAAGUUUGGGAUAGAGAACAAUGUGUAUAAGGCAGAAUAGGAAGCAUAAUGAAAGAGGGGUGCUUGCUGAGGCUCUUGUGUCUUUCUGCGUAGGCAGUGUGAGCUCCAGAUAUGAUUUCCUUUGGCCUGUGAGCUUUCAACAGGAAUAGCCUUCCCGUUCCCUUCUAUGACCCUCCAUCCCAAGCCAGAUUCUCCUGCUGUGUGGUAUGCGUCAAGUAUGAUUACAGCCUUGAACUAUGAACUUUGCUUCUCAUUGUGCAUUCCUUAUUCCUCUCAUGGGGAAAUGUCCCUCUUGCACUGGGAACAUUUCGAAGAGAAGCAUUUUCUCUUUUUUUCUUAAUUUUUUAAAUUUUUUAUUAAAUGUUACAGAAAAGAAAAAAGAAAUAGGAACAAUACAUAACUGAACAUAAAAACAUUUAUCUACACAAUUUUCCAGAAUGCAGACUAGAAAAGAAGAUGAAAAAAUAAAAGAAACAAACAAAAAAAUAAAUAAUGAAGAGAAAUAAUUCCAAAUUCAUACUUCAAAUAUUACAAUAUAUAAAUCCUAGUUACAAUAUUAUAAAAGAUUCCACCACAUUCACCACACGUCUCUUGGUUAUCUAAUUCACCUUUACAUCUGUUCUUCAGUCACUUCCUUUCCUUAAGUUCUUUCAUAGUCCAUCUAAUCUUUGUAUUCUCUGUAUUCUUCACAACGUUAGUCUAAGCACAACCAAACUUUCGUGUUUGAUCCCUGUUUGUGUAAAUAUUCAUUUGAGCAUUCCCAUUGUUUCUGUACCAUAGUUUUAGAUUUAUGCGUUAUUAUAUCUGUCAAUUUUGCUAACUCCAGAUAUUCACAUAGUUUACUGAACCAUUCUCUUUUUGUUGGGAUGUUAUUUCCUUUCCAGUAACUGGCCACCAACAUUCUCGCUGCUGUUGUUGCGUAUAGGAAUAUUUUAAUUUUAUCUUUGGGGAUAUCCUUACUCAAAAUUCCUAAUAAGUAUGUGUCAGGGAACGGACAUCGGAGCUAGAGGUGGAGGGAAGGCUCUCUAAUGAUGCUGGAGAAGGGCCCAGCAGGGAGAGAGGCAGCUCAGCAGAUGGGGAAGCAAUUCAGUGCAACACCAGGAAUAAGGAGGGGCAGAUGGGGGAAUCGGCGAGAGGGCUCCCAGACUCUUCACCGGACACCAGCGGGAGAGCACUGGUCCUCCGCUACCCACGCCCUCCCUGCGCAGAAGACUUCCGCGCAGAGAAAGUAGGAGGAGACUGGGUGUCAAACAACUUUUAUGUUGGAAAAGGUUUAAGAAACGCCCACUGACGGAUUCUGCUAGCGACUGAGGCAGCCACGAAUUGAAGGGCUGUCCAGACAGAAAGGUUUAACAAGGCAACAUAGCCAGGAGAGGCGGCAACUUACGCACGAGCAACCCCAUACCAUUAUAGUAUGCUUCUGCCCUUUUGUUAUAUGAAACCUUUAUUAAUUUUUUUAUUUCUUCAUGGAUCAUUUCCCAGAAUUUUUUGAUCUCUGAACAUAUCCACCACAUAUGGUAUAGAGUGCCCUUCAUCUUAUUGCAUCUCCAACAUUUAUUACUAAUCAAUCUAUUCAUUUUUGCUAGUCUGUCUGGUGCCAUAUACCAUCUGUGGUGCAUCUUCAUAUAAUUCUCUUAUUGAAUUGCAGGCCAUAAAAUUUAUGUUUCCCCCCAAAAACUUUUUCCAAUCUUCCGAAUCAGUUGUAUAUUCUAGAUCCUGUUCCCACUUUAGCAGCAUUUUCUUGUGAGAUUGCCCCAGUGCUGGUAUGAUGAUGAUGAUGCAGUGAAUGUCUCCUCAGAGAGGCUUGAACAAGGCCAGCUCCAGGUUUGGGAGGUGGGGCUUGGCAAGAUGCCCUUUCUGUGGAACCACCCCUUUCCUUUGUUGUGUCGCUGCAACAGCUGGUAGGCAGGCAGUGAUAAGGAACAAUCCUUACCUCCAGCUAGAUGGGAGGGCAGGGAGCCAGGGUUUUUGUGGUUCCUUGCUGCUGUUGCUGCUUGCCCACUUGAGAGGCUGGCAAGCAAGUGGUGGCACAAUGGGAAGGAGCCCGGGGUUGGUGCUGAGGCCUUGGCAACUGCUCAAGGAUAAUGACCCCUUCAAAGUUGAAAAUAUGUGGAUAACAUCUAGUAAACUCUCAAAAGCUACAGCGGAGCUGAUGAAAACUUCUUUCAGUGGUCAGGAUGCUGGGCUUCGGACUCCUGUAGCUCCAUACAUAUUGCCAUGAAAUAUGUCCUUAAAUAACUUGCUUUCAUUAACUUACCUAAGUUGACAGACUUGGCUUCUCUUGCUAUGGAACUGGUGAGAGUAGACACAGUUUCACCUUUAAUUCCUGUUUGUUUCCUUCCCUCCAACAGCAGCCUACGCACCCUGUGUACAACAUCUCCCCCGACAAAGUGGUGCAAGCCGUGAUGCACUUCCUCAAGAAGCCUGUUCCAAGUACAAAGGAGGAGCCUGUUGCUAAUUGAGGGGGGGGGGGAGCCUGCUGCCCGGGUAGACACCGUGCAGUGCCUUGUCCUGCCAUUCAACGCAUGGCACUGCAAGUCGUCUUGGCCAUUGUGGGGGGGGGCCUGGCCCUGGAGCUAACUUUUUGAUUAUUUUCAAACUGGGCUCAACUUUUGUGUGUGCAUCUUUUGAGAGAGUUCUGCUAGCCAUACCAAAACCUGAUCAGUUUUCAGGACCUAGUAGCAGAUUGGCUGUGUGGUGGCAUACGGUUAGACAUGCUGGCUGCUCAUUUGCGUGGGACACACUCUCACCUUGCAAGCAGGAGCAGUUUUGGUUUUGAAACAAUGCAGCAUGUUAGUAUCUUAAGCAUCUGGCAAACCAGUUCUGUUGUUUCAUUUGCACUAUGCUAAGUAUCUUGGGGGUGGUGGGGCCAGCUUCCUAAUAGGCUGAUUACUGGCCUAGCCAGAGUUGGUGCCCUGAUCCCAUACCCUUACAGGCAAUAUAUUCUGUCCAUUUAUACUCCCUGAAGCUAUUCCAAGUACUGCUAACCAAGACAUGGGACUCUGGCUUUAAAAUGUAAGCAUAUUCUGAGUCAAUAGUGUGCACAUCAACACUGUAUUAGUUGUGUGUCGGCUGCUGGAGCACAUCCCAGGGGUGCUGUCUUGGAUACCCGCCUUGUGUUAAGCUCUUUUCCAUUAUAUAAAGUGGUGUUGAAGGUCUCACUCUGCAUCGAGCAAAAAAGAGGCCAUUGGCAAGAUUCUGUGCAAAAUCCUUCCCCUCCCUUGCAUAUUGGUACUAGCCUGCCUAGUGGCAGGACUGACAAUGUAAUAAUGUUUGUGCAUUUUAUUAAACAUAAACUAAUUCCUUUCUUAUUAUCUGUCCAGUUGUGACCAUUCAUAAAACUUUUUGAUGCAAUUGUAUUUAAGGUUUUAAUUUGUAUUUCUGCUAGGAGGGCCCUUUGGUGCUCAUCUGCAUGUUUGGGAAGGAAAUCACAACAUUUUCCUUUGGGGACUGUACAGUUUGCAAUGCUUUCUCAAGGCAUGCUUAUUCGCGCUUACUUCUAACCAGUGUCUUAAAGCCGCACAACACUUCUGUUGAAGCUAAGCAGCCCUGAUACUGAACCCUUCCUGGAAACUAUAUGUAAACUGACCUCUUGGAGGAAUUAUGGCGUCAAAGAGGUAAACAAUCCUAGCCUUUCGUAAGCAGAGCAGACUAAUACAUAACCUGUAGAACCGCUGUCAUCCUUAAUGAGUACCAUAGUAGCCUCAGCAACAGGGCUUGAGAUUUUAGCUCCAUGCAAGUAACCGUGUGCGGUGAGAGUGGGGCUGUGUGCUUGCCCUGUGGUUGUCCCCUUGCAUGGAGGGGAAGUCUGAAGCAGGGAAGGAAGCUUGUUGAAUGGUCACAGGCUGUUCCUCUCAGCUGUAACCCUGAAUACCCAGGGCGGCAGCUCUCACCGAGACAGCCUAUAUGUGAUCAAACAUGCUUCAAACCUCCCCACAACAUGUAGAUAGCAUGGGGCAGGGUGAUAUUGCUUGGAGAUAUAACGGCUGGAAAUUAUAAUUUACUUUUCAAGCAGCUGCUAUUUGUCUCUUAAUCUUGGGAUGAAUAUAGACAACUGUUAAGUGGUAUCGCCACUGGAGGAAGGCGGGAACAACAUAUUGGAAGGUAUUUUUCCUUUGUUUGCUCCUGGCUCCUCUUUCUGCUCUCUUCCUCUCCUGGCUCCUUUUCCCUCCUCCCGGCUUCCAUUUUCAGCCUUUGGGAGGCUGGUACAUUCCACUGACAUUUCUCUCUUUCUUUGGCACACCUGUACCUUGAGCUGCCAAGCCAGGCCAGGCCCUGCUAAAAUAAACACAACUUUGCAACCAUCCUAAGCACAUGUAUAAAAGCAGCUUUGUGGGCCAAACUGGUACUUUGGGAGGAGAAUUAAAGUGUGUUUAAACUGCUGAAUGAAAAUUGCCAGUAGCUUGCAAAAUUGCUAGUAGGAUUGUGUGUUACGUGCUUUGAUUCCAUGCAAACACAGAAAAGCUUUAGAAUUUGGUAUUGGGUGCACACGUGAAGGCUGCAAGGAUAGGUGUAAAAUGGCUGGGCAAUGCUUGGUGAUAUUUCUUAAGGCAGAGGGAUACUAAGAGAAUUUCAGGACAUCAAGUGAAUUUAAAGCUUUAGCAGCAUGUGUUCCUACCUCUGAUGCCUGAAAGUGGCAUAAAUUACAGCUGGAGGUGUUAGACGCACUGAUUUGAGCAAUACACUACAAGAGUGUUCACAAUCCAGCUUUCUGGACUCUGAAUUUGAGUUUCUUUGGUGCAAAACUCAGCCCUGCCUACCUCUUCUCUUGAAGGGAUCAUGGCUUCUUCAUUAAGUCUUCAAAAUUUUGACCAAUCUGAAGAGAAGACGCUGCAAGCUGCUUCCAUGAGGGUGGGGGGAAGGCACUGAACAAUGUAACUUCCUAGGUAGUAGUGAAAAGGGUGCUUAGGAGGCAGGGUUGUUAAAAGCAACUUCAUUCCCCUUGUGGGAAAUGUGAUUUCCAGGGAGAUGUUUAUGCAUAUAUAGCAAAGGUAUGCUCUUAUUGAAGAACUGCUGACUAGAUAGCAAUUACUAGAGCAGUGUUGCCAUCCACUGCAAAUUAGGGUAAUAAUAGGUUUAAUUGGUAGAAAGCUGUAGAACAGGAAUGGGAAACCUGUAUGUAUCCUCCCAAAUGUUGAACUACAACUCCCAUUAUCCUUAACCAUUGGCUGUGCUGGCUGGGGCUGAUGGGAGCCCAACAACAGGAGCGGGUCACAAGUUCCCCAUCCCUGUUGCAAAUGUGGCAAAGGGCAACUGGCUGCUGUAUAGGUAGCUUUGCACAAUCAGCAAUAGUGGGGUGGACUAUAACCACAGCCAUAAAGCAGCACUGAUCUUUCUGUUCGGCAAAGCUGAACAGCGGUGUCUUCUUACCAUUCCUUAAUGAAGAAACUUGUAACAUAUUUUCACUGCAUUUCAAGAUGGCUAAACUUACAUAUGCAAGAUGCUGUGCAUGUCACAGGAACUUUUAAAAUGGGAUUGUCCCCAUCUGCACUUUGAAAAAGUACAGCCUCCUCUCUAGUGUAGCUUUUGGUCAGAGACUAGCCUGCAUUCUAGGUUAGAACCUAAGGGACUUUUUGAGAGCCUUGAGUUCUACAUGGUUUAAAGGGUGGGGGGGCGCCUUAAAACCAAGUCAAGAGCGAGCCAGAGAAUUCUGCCUGUAAAAAAAACAUUAACCUUCCUUGUAUGGCUGAGGUCACAGGGCGUUAAAGCUGGUGUUCUGCUGAUCUGAUUGUUACAGAUCAAGGCCAGUUUCCAGCUACCAAUGAGUUGAGCUGCAAGAGGAAGUGCUUCCUGGAUCCCUCUUCCUGCUUAACUAUUGUUCUAGAUGCCCCACCCCCACCCCUCUUGCAUACGCCAUCAGUAGUGUGUGCAGAGGUGGUGACACUGCUGCCCUGCAGCCAAAAGCCUGUCAUCUUCUGAAUUUCAAGAGGUGAGAAACUGCUAGCACCCAUUUUGUGGCUUUUAGAACUGCACCAACGAGCCAGAUGUUGUACCUUGUACAAAGCUUGUGUAUGUCCAAAAACUGAGCAAAAUCCCAGUGAUGCCUCCUGCACUCCCUGUGCAUGUGGGGCUGUUGCUGAGAGUGCUGCCGCCCAAGAGGAGGAAGCCCACAGGACCAGAAAUGUUGCAAUAUUUCACACUGAAACUAGGAAGCAACUCUUGCCAUUUCCUGUUACAUUUGUGUGUGUGACACAGGACCACUUUAGCCACCUGCUUGUUUUUUUAUCAGCAUCUUUCUGCAAAGGUGUCUACUCGUUUGGCCCAAAAGAACCAUUCUGAGAUAGCACCAUUCACAAAUAAGACCUCCAUCUUUCUUAAUGUCAUUAUGUGACAAGCUGCAGCUGCAUAGAUGGAAAAACAAAGGGAAACAACCAUUCUCUCCCCACCCCAUUGGUUUUAGGGUAGUAUGUGCAAUUGAAAACAUGUAGCAGAGGCAAUCUUUCUUAUCCUACUAGCAAAGCUCUUCCUUUAUUUGAUCAACUUACUAAAAGUACAGAAUCACUUUACAGUAACUCCCCUGUAUCAGCAUAUUGGAGAAGUGCAAGAUUUGGAGAUCUUAAAUAAAUGUUGAGUUUGCCUGUGAAGCCUUGCUCAUAAUUCUAUUUCAACAGGUUAAGCCUUUUCUCAUGUGGGAAUAGAAAUUCUUCUGUCUCUAACAUCAGAAAAGUGGAAGCAAAACUGCCAAGAGGCAUACCCGCCCCUAUCGGUUUCCACAAAGACACCAGUACCACUCAAAAGGAUAAAAUACUUUUUUAUUUAUAGUCUUAUAGUAAAGGGAAGCCUUAACUUGCAAGACAAUUCUUGGGCAGUAUGUACAACAUACUUCAGUUCAUGGAAUAGACUCACACCUGGACAGAGACCAAGCUACACUUGUAUACACUAAAUUCAGAAAACGUCACAAACAAGAGUGGGAAGAAGACAAAAAUAUAAGGUCACACACACCGACACACACACACACACACACGCAUAUGCACACUCAUGCACAUGUGCGUGCACAUGCACACAUACACACAGUGGCCUUUGCUCACUCACAGCCUGUGCCCAUUUAAGUCAUUAUGGGGUAACUGGCCCAUUUGCCAGAGGGCAGGAGGUCCACACUUUGAUGCAGUUAUUAGUACCAAGUAACAAAGCUUGUGGUGUGUAUUUACAUUAUAAAAGCUGGCUCUAAUUCUGAGAAAUUCAUUAAGAGGGAAGAACUGAUCAUGGUAUGAUGUAGCUUCACGUCACCAAUGUCCGCAGCAAGAGGAGGAAUCUGAUCGGAUUGAGUUUCCAUAGUAGGAAAUAAAUACCAAUUAAUCACUUGCCAAAGUACAAAAAGGAAAUCCAUCUCCCUGCUUCACCCUGAAUCCUGCACCAUCCCUUCAGGAAACUAGGGACAUGCACUCGCAUGGAUCUGCAUGAUUCCCUUCCCCCACCAAGAUCCUUCAGGGGACAUUUGGCUUUGUUGUCAUAAAUAAACAUAUUUUGAUGAGACAGUGACUGGUACGGCUCUAGUGAAAGGAUGGAGGGGUCAUUGUCACCACAGAGUCCAGGCAACCAUAGACUCAUGAGUUCAUCGAAUGGCCUGGGCAUUCCUGACACUAGAACUUGCAGCCAUCAGGCAGGACAAGACAAAACUACAUCCUGCUCCAAGCUAUGGCCGGUGUCUUCCAGAAGGUAAGCUGCCAAGCCAAGGGGUUGGGUUAACUCAAAAGGGGCCACAUAGGGGCAAGGAACAGGGGAAGCUGCAGUCCGAGAGCCUCUACUAAAGAAAAAAAAGGAAAGUCCUUAAGCAGCCAGCGAGUGUCUAAUGGCAGCAGGAACAGGGGCCUCUUCUAGCUGGCCUCCAUACGAAGCUUCUUCCGGCUCUGUGGCUCUUCCAGCUCAGACUCUGAACUGGAGUCGGAGCCUCCAUCAAAGGCGGAGAUGGUACUGCCCUUGGGAUUGGUGUAGAGGCUGUUGUCUGAAGAGGAAUAGUUGGCCUGCAGCUGAGCACUUGACCUUGCCUUCUCCAGGGCACGAACUAAAAGGCAAGAACAAGCAUAUGGAAAUAGGCUGGGGAAAAGUAGGCGUUGCACAUAACAUGAACAUGCUCUCAUGUUGGUGAUCUUAACACUUGGCUGACAGAAUGUUAUUGAUUGGCACACCCUGCUUUUUAAAAACUAAAUGUAGUUAAGGUAGUAUAAAUACAAUUUU